UCGGUGCAGGAGGGAACAGACUUCAUCAUAACACCGGUGCAUACGUUACCUUUUCCUCAGAGGCAUUUUCUAGUGAUGGAAACUAUAGUUCAGUCUCGUAACGACACCCUCAGUUCACAACAGAGUCUAGGAGGCUAUAGCUCCUGUAAAGUGACAUACUUUUGAGUUAGGUAGUGUUCACAACAGGAAGAAGCUUAGAGGCAGCUAGCGGAUCGGUGCUAUCUAGUGUAGCACACGCUGUGUUGCCACGGAAACAAGAACGUAAAGAACACAAACGUCACUACGUCACUACGUACAUUGUUUGUAAAAAUGGCUGAAGAUCAUGCUAUAACAAAAACACGACCCAGCUCCUCCGAGUCUCCAGCUGAAUCCCCUGAAAGCAUGGGCAGCACCACCAGGGACGUGACUGCAUCUCCUCCCUGCUACUCAGAUGUGUUGAGUCCCUCACAGACAGGAUGUGCUAAGAGGGAAUUUAUGAUGAUGGCACCUGAAGAAAAGCUCAAACACUUUGACAGCCGAGCUCAGGCCCAUGAAGACAACCAAGAGUUUGAUGCUUGCAUUCAGGAUCUGGUGCGCUGUGUGGCUCUGACUAGGCUGGUCUAUGGGGAUGGACAUCUGAAACUGGCCCAGGCCCAUGCUAGACUGGCUAAAGCAUAUUUCCACUUCAAAGGCUGGGGGUUGCAGGCCCAGGAGCACUCGACCCUGGCCAGAGAGCUGCUGCCUUUCUGCCCCUCCGUCUCCUCCUGCAGAGAUGAAAAGCUUGAGGUUCUCAUGUGUCUCCUGAACGUACACCUCACGCAAGGAGGUGCUUCACUGCUUACAGCUGAUCUCGAAGAGGCAGAAUCCUCUUUUCUGGAGGCAGAACAAGUUGUUGAGGAGCUUCAUCAACAAGGUGGCAUCAACCAGGAAGAGAAGAUGAAGACUGAGCUGGAAAUCUCCACGGGUCUAUCCAGGGUCUAUAGGAGACAGAACAGGCCAGAGGAGGCCCUACGCCAGUGUGAGAAGUCUCUGCAGCGGCUGAAGGACUGUGGUGAGCCAGAGAAGACGUGUUCGGUCUAUAGGGACAUGGCCGCCAUCGAGCAGGACAAAGGUCAUUUGGACGGAGCCAUAGAGCAUCUCUCCAAGGCUCAUGCCAUUGCUAUGAGUCACAGCCCAGAGGAGCUAGAGGGGGCUCAGAUCUCCCACAGCCUGGCCCUCAUCCUUUCUGCUGCAGCGGGACCCCAUCACAAUGACUCUGCAGGUCGCUACUUUGAGCAGAGUCUAAGUGCAUACAAAAGCUCUGCAGGUCCACAGGAUCCAGCCUUUCUCACGGCCCAGGAUGAUUUCUGUCGUUUCCUCCUCCUCAGUGGCCAGCAAGAGAGAUGUGUGGAGAUCCAGAGAAUUUCUCUCACUGUAAAGAGAUCUACUUUCGGUGACCUGAGCGCCGAGGUGGCGGACACCCUUCAGCUGAUAGGAAGUGUGGAGAUGAGCGAGGGCGGGGUGAAGCAGGCCCACAAGACCAUGACAAAGUGCCUGGAGAUCCAGAGUUUGUUGUACGGUCCUCAGAACAAGAAGACAAAAGCUACACAAAAAGCUGUGGACAUGCUGGCACGGGCACCAGAGGUGGCUGAGAGACAACAGAGGCAAGGAAGAAGGGAAACAAAACAUCACACACCAUCCAGUAGCAAUGAUGGAAACUCAAUGUCUGACUCUUGAAAUGUUCCGUUUUUAUUUUGUCAGUACAUCAAUCCUGCAGGUUUGGAUCAAGAACUACUGACUUUUAUUUUUUAAAGAAGUUUGUCUGUUAGAUAAUACAGGCAGUUACCACUGUUGAGAAUGAGCUUCAAUUACACUAGUCAUGUCAGACGUUGGGUGAAUUAAGUUAGCUUUGAAGAAAUACUCACACUCAGAAAUCAUAGCCAAAAUGAGUUUUAAUUGUGUUAAGAUAUGAAUCAAUUUCCAAAUAAGGGCUGGAACCUUUUUCACCAAAGCAUUAAUGGCGUUAGCUCAAUAGAAAUCAUGUCAAUAAAAGCAAUAAUGUUGGAUUAUCCAUGAUGACAAACACUUAUUGAACAUUUGACUCAUUAAACAUUCUUAAUACAUAAAUGUACUUUCUGUAUGCUGAUAUUUUUUUAAAUGCUAUGAAAUGGCACAUUAACCAGAUUACACUGUGUACUUGCAUAUACAGUAACCUAACAGAUUCCUUAUUAAGCCACAGUGUAAGUGCACUGAUGUACUAGUGUUUUUGUUUAAAUUACUGCAGUUUGCAGAUGAAAAUGUAUGGAGAUAUGAUGCAAGUUUUUUUAAAUUGAGGUUUCAUUUAGUAGAUUUCUAACAAUGAAAACAUUAUAAAAGCAUGGCAUUCAAGCUAAACAUUGCAUUUCUGCACAUUUCUUUAACUUGAACGUGC